AUUUAAUAUUUGUAUCGAAUUACAAUGUUUUUGUUUUGGUUGCUAAGUUGAGGGCCGACGGAUUGGGAAAAAGUUUCGGUGUUGGAAAUAGUUAAUUAUUGAAUUGUCUACCUAUAUUUUAUUAAAAUUUUAUGUCCAAAGCAUGAUUUCACCUUUAUCAUAACAUUAUUAUUUAAAAUCAAAUAUUUUAUCAAAUUUUAUUGCUCAACAUCCAUGCCAUCUCUACUUAAUGAUGAGAAUACUCAAGAGGCUAAGUUUUUUCUUUUCUCACCAUAUCAUUUCCAUUAUCGGUUUCUGUUUUGGGAUAACAUUGUCAUUAAUUGUGAUGCCUAUAAUGGAAGAGAAGUGUUCUCAUCCACAUUUAACUCAGGAUCGAAUUUCCGACACCAAAACUUCCGCUCUGACUGCCAUUGAUGAAUACGAACCCGUCAUGCACUUAGAUACCAAACCAAAAAAUGUUCCUCGUCCAGAAAAAAUCCAAAUUCCUCGUGCUCGAUAUUAUUCCACUGAACUUGGAAUUAAAGAGAAAUUGUUUAUUGGUGUUUUGUCUACACCGUCUACCAUAUCAUCAUUAGGCAGUGCACUUAAUAAAACUCUUACAAAACAUGCAAAUAAAAUUUUAUUUUUUCUAGAAGGAGCUGAUUCCGAAAAUGUGGAUCUUAGUAGUAAUUCUAUAGUCAAUUUUCCUGAUAAGCGUGAAAUUUUAGCGCCUUUCAAUAUGCUGCAAUAUGUGUCAAAUAACUUUUUAAAUGAUUAUGAUUUUUUCUUCUUUGCCAAAGAUACCACUCACAUCAGGGGUAAAAAGUUACUAGAAUUCGUCAGUCACUUGAGUAUCAUACGAGAUGUUCACUUGGGACAACCGAUUGAAAUUGAUUCAUUAUAUUGCAAUUUAGAUGCUGGAAUUCUCCUCUCUCAUUCAGUUCUUUCUAAAACUGUUCAAAAUUUAGACUGGUGCAUCCAACAUACGUUUUCUCAAAGUAACAGUGAUAAUUUUGGACGCUGUGUUCUACAUGGUACUGACCAAUCAUGUUCUUCUGAAAUUCAGGGGCUUGCUUACAUAUCUCACCAUGUUUCUAAAGAUGAUGGUUUAGAAGCCUCUAUAUUAAAAUCAUCAUGGCCUAAAGAUCUUAGAAAUGUGCUAACUGUUUAUACUGUCUCAGUUCCAGAGGAUCAUUACUUAAUACAUCAUCAUUUCUGCCACCAAGAGCUUAUUGACAAUCAACAUGAAUUACAAGAAAUACAAGUAAAAAUUUCUGAUUUAAAUGCAUUUUUUCCAGAAAAUGUAAGUAGAUCUUCUUGGCCAGUUGGCAUAGAACCACCGUUUAAGCCUCAUGGUAGGUUUGAUGUUCUUCCAUGGAUCUACUUUAAUAAUACGCACAAGUUUUUAGAAACUGAAUUAAAAAUAGUUUCAGAAAUUAAAGGCUCAAACAAACUUGAAAUUCAUGAUCUACUUAAAUCUGCCGUGCAAUGGGUUAAAAUUACUUAUCAGGAUAAAUACAUUUAUCAAAGUUUAGUUAAUGGUUAUAAGAGAUUUGAUCCAACUCGUGGUACAGAAUACAUCUUGGACAUGCUGUUCUUGGAUGAAACUACUGGUUUAGAAAUAUUAAAGAGAAUAUCUGCAGUUCGCCCUCUUAAUCAGGUUGAAAUAAUUCCAGUGCCUUUUGUUACGGAACAUACUCGGGUAGUUUUAUUAGUAACUGUUAAAGCCAGUGAACGAAACGAAGCGCUCAGAUUCUUAGAUGAUUAUGUUAAAACUUGUAUUGAAAAACAAGAUAGUACUGUUAUGUUGUUAGUUUUUUUGUAUGGUCCACAAGAUCCUGGUAAAGGUGAAAAGGAAGAUGUGUUUGGUCCUUUAAAAGAUAUGGUUAGCUCAUAUGUUAAUAAAUAUAGAUCAAAUGGUGCCAAAAUUGCAUGGUUCAGUGUGAAAACCAUUGGGAAAAUGCCUCCUUAUUUUGCUCUUGUAGACUUAGUAUCGAGAAAAUUAUCAUCCGAUUCGCUAAUGCUAUUGUGCCAUAUUGGAAUGGAGAUUCAUACGGAUUACAUUAACCGUGUGCGUAUGAAUACCAUUUUAAAAACUCAGGUUUUCUUCCCUAUCCCUUUUCGUCAAUACCACCCUGCUCUAGCUUACAAUCAUGUCACGCUGCCAGAUAAUGUUGAAAUCAAAAAAGAUUUGGGUCAUUUUGAUACUGAAAGUUAUGAGCAUGCAAGUUUUUAUUUAUCUGACUAUCUAGUUAUUAGAAAACAAUUAGAAAAUACUAUCCCUAUGAUUAAAACUGAUAAAGACCUGAAAAAUGAGUUACUUUAUACUUCACACUUAGACUUAUUUGAAAUUUUUGUUCAGUCUAAACUACAUGUAAUGCGGGGUGUUGAACCUGAUUUAAGAAUUAGAUUUAAAUUUGAUAUGUGUGAUUUAGAGUCGAAUGUUGCCACAUAUCAAGAAUGCUUACAUAUUCGAGAACAAAAUUUAGGAACGAAAUCUCAGAUGGCUGCACAAAUAUUAUCCCAUGCUGAUCAUGACAAUAAGGAUAGCAUACAACUAAGUGACAUUUUAUAGUGAUUGUAAUUUGUUAGAAAACUCUGUGCUUUCUUAUUUUUUGAGAUAUUUACAAUUUUUAUUACUGCCAAAUGUUGCUUGAGUGUUUUACUUGUUUUCUGUAUACUCUAGUGUGUGCCAAUAUACAUGUUUACGAAGGAUUUAAUAUUUGUGAGAUUAUAUAAUCAAGAAAAAAAUAUUAGUUAAGCUAUCAUGCCAUCUUUAAAUGAAUUUAAUUUCAAAUUAUCAAACAUUGAAGUUAUUUGUUAAUCAACUAUUCUUAACUGAAGCAUUUAAAUCUCUUUUUUGUGUGUGUUUGCUCAUGUAUUAUUUAAUGAUGCCUUUUAUUUGUUCACAUGUUCCAUUAUUUACUUUUUUAAACAGAAUUCAUAGAUAUUUCUAAUAUGCAUGAAUAUUUAUGAAUAAAUUUGACUUACCUUUUUGAUUAAGAAUAUUUUAGAUAAAGCUGGUAAAUAGUUUUAUAUAAGGUUUUAAGAAAAUAUCAACUACCCCAUUCACACAAUAGAUGUUAACAAUUAAAAUUAUUGUGAAUGGUAAAUUUCAUAAUAAUUUGUCUCUAAAUCAUUAAAAAUAAUGGUUUUAAAGGAAGUAAGUUGUAUGUUUGAUGUUAUAUGUUUGCAAAUUGCUACAUGUAAUAAAUCACUUACCUCUUUUUCUCUGUAAAAAGAGAAAGCAAACAAUUUGUAAAGUGCAAAGAUAAGCAUCAUAAUUUUUUAUCAAUAUGUCAGGAAAAUUAACUUUUUGUACUGAUGCUUACAAUUUUGCAAAGUUUUGUUAUAAAGUUUGAAAAAUAGAAAAUAAUCUAAUUUUGCACAUUUUGGUGAUUCUGUAAACUGUUUAAACUUUUAUCAAAAAAAUGCUACUACUGUAUAAAUUCUUAUGUAUUUGAGACUCUAUUAACUUGUUCAAAUAAUCCUUUUUUGGGAAGUAUUUAAUUGACUCAGACUCGUGUGAGUCUGAGUCAAUUAAAUACUUAAAAAAUUACUGUGUCUUCAUUGUAAAGUAUUUUUUAGUAAUUAAUCUUUUGGUGCUCAAUAAUUUUUUUUUAAAAAAAAAGACACUGCAAUAGAAUCUCAUUAUGAGUCAUACUAAUAUCUCAUUAUCUAUUUAUAAUAUUGGUAUUUAAAACUUUUUAACUAGUUAUUGAUCAUUUCAAUCAGGAAUCCUCAUCUUUCAGUAAAGUUUUUAUAAAUUGUGAAGGAAUGAUUAAUUUUUUUUUCUUUUACAAACUUUUUCAUAAAAGGACUCAGUUUUAAUUAAUUGAUAUUGUUCUCUUAAUUAAUUGAUAUUGUUCUCUUGUUGCUAAGAAUAUUACAGGAUGUAAAAAAAAAAAGCUAAAACAUGUGAAGAGCACAAAUAAUGGCACAUAAAUAGGAUUAAUAUUGUGAAGGACCCUUUUUGUGUCAAGGUGCAGGCAGACAUCUUUUGUCUCGAUACUGUAAAAGGUCCUUCAUUACAGUAGAAUAAUAUGUCUCUUUGUGUGCCAUUAUCUGUUGCACUUUUCAUAUUGUUAUAGUUUUAUUCAUAAACAAGACAAACUUAAACAUUUCGUUAUUUGAUUAUAACACCUUUCCAAUUAAAAAUAAGCACAUCUUUGUGCUGAAGUAAAAAUGAUGAUAAUUGGAAAAGUUUGUUUAAUUUUUACAAGAUCAAUUUAAAAAUAAAUAUUAUUAAUUAAAUGUGAAUGAUUUAUCUCUGAUUCGUGUGUUUCUUCUUGCGUUUUAAGCUUUAAUCUUAACCAUUUUCUCUAUUCUUCAAAUAGCUGUUUCCUCUGACAAUUUCAACACAUUUGGGACUUGUGAGAUAAGUAUAGUCUAGCUUUUGGCUUCCAUUUAUUUAUUUAUUUUUUUUAUUCAAUUUGUUUCAUAGUAUUAAAAAUUUCUUUUAUUUCUUCCAUCGAAAUUAGAUUUAUUACAUGAAUAUUAAGUUUUCUUUUA